CGCCAAAUCGAUAUUUUUCGUGUGAGUAAGAAGAAUAUUUCCAAGUUGUAGAUGAGUACGAGCUUCAACCCGAGGUGGUGGUUUAAAAUUGAAAACAGCUUGAAGACACUGAAUACAUGAUUUAAUAUUCGGUGGGCUCGAUGUUCGAAAGUUUUCAGCUAAACCUAACAACGAGAGAUACCAAGCGUCCUGAGAAGACGCCAUUUUGACAUUUCUCGGACGAAUACUUUUCCGACCCUUUCAGCCUGUUGAAAGGCCACAAUAUAUUCAACAAUUGGAUCAUUUAAACACACCAAUCAGGAUGUUCUCAUAUUUGCAAUUGAAUUACAAUAAUUGGUACAAUUUAAUGAUUUUGAUUUAACUCGAUCAUCGUUUUAAAAGUUCUUUAACGUAUCAAUGUGUUUGGUCAAGUUCAAAUAUGACUUUUUGACACGCACGUACGUGUAACAUAAACGCGUGUGUAUAUGCUACGCGCGAAUUAUUGCGCAUAAAAUCAUCCGCGUUAGAUAUUAACACUGUACAAUAUACCAUAAAGAAACAUAAAGUUAGCCUGAAAAGUUUCGACAUUAAUGCAUAGCCAAAAAUGUGUCGUUUCACUGAUCGUACGGGGGGGGAGGGGCGGGGAGGAGGGAGAAGAAAGAAAAAAAGAAGAAAAAAAAAGAAAAGAAAAAAAAAAGAGAGAAAAGAAAAUCCUCCAAAGGGUUCGCUGAAAGUGGCAUAUUUCAGUUGACGUGUGCGUAGAACGUGUGCGCGGACCAAUCGGAUGCGAGAUUUUCGCGAAGAAUCGUCGGGAGGAGUACACACGAUUUAACACAACUGUAGGAACGGCGGUGCGGUUGGGAGUUACAAGUUGAACGCAAUACCUCGCUCGUAUUUUGGUUUGGGUAUUGGUUUUUAAUACGGCCGUAGAACCGUAGAACAGAGGGAUUUAGCCGAAUUAAUUGAGAUAACAGUGGCCAGCGAGUGGCUAAAAAUGCUACACGCCGGAAAUGGAGGUCAAAUUCGGCUGGAAAUGUUAAAACACCGCGAAGAAAGUGACACAGUAGAAGAGGCAACGUCAAGAAAGUGCGAGGGGCAGCUGUCUUCGAUGAAGGCAAACAGCUGUUCGUCUUGCAUACUUCCUAAUCGUACCAUAGAAAUGGAACAAGAGGAUAACAACUCGUGCUGGAACAAUCUGCCCAGCGUUAUUUUGCAAGAAAUAUUUUCGUAUUUGCCACAGGAGAAUAGGAUAAAAGCCUCUCAGGUUUGUAAAAAUUGGAGAUAUGCGUUAUUUCAUCCCAGUUUUUGGAGAAAAAUUACUUUUGUUCUGAAAGAUGAGGAUAGUAUUUCAUGGGCUAGGUUUUUGGCAGAUUGUUUUGGGCUUAGUGUACACGAAGCAACCAUACGAUGUGACAUUGCAUGUCAUAUUGUAGAAACUUCUCAUCUUCUGAAAAAAUUAUGUUGUAAUAGGCAGUUACGAAAAUUGUACUUGGAAUAUAGCAGUAGCAUAUUUGAAUGUCCUAAUUGGUACAUGGAAAGUGAGACUGACAGUCCAACGAAUAGUACAUCUUUAAUGAAAUCCAUUGUGAAAAUUAUUGAAACAUCUAACUGUUUGGAAGCUCUGAGUUUAGGAUAUAUGGAAGAAUUAGCAACUAAUGCCAAUAUAAUUUUAGAACCGUUACUUUUACAUCAGGCUAAACAUCUAACGCAUCUCAGUCUAGCAUCGGUCAAGGAUGACCCAGACCAUUAUGACUUUAUAGAAUUGGAGGAAUAUAUUUUUAAAUCGUUUAUCAGACUGACUGUUUUGACAGUAGAUUAUGACGUUGUUAAUGAUGCCUUACUCAGAGCUUUAGACAGUGGCACUAUGGAAACGAUAGUGAUACAUGUACAUGGUUGGCAUAACGAUUAUUUAGGAACAUCAAAUGCAGCUUGGGAAUUCUUUGUUCAAAAGAAUCCAAAAUGUGAACUACGACUAAAUCUCAUACAUUCUUAUAUUGGUGUAAAAGUAUUAGAUACGGAAAUUCUUCAACCUUCCAUGCCUCUAACGCACUUAAAAGUAUUGUUCUGUGAGAAAUUUAAUACAGAGGUACUACAUCAAUUAUCAAAUUGGUAUUCUAAUAAAUUAAAAUCACUCAUAUGGAUAGAUUCUAUGGAUACUACGGUAAAUACUCCAGCUACAGACGAUGCUAAUGAGCCAGAUAGUCCAGAUCCUUUAGUAUUCGUGGCUUGGAAGUGUUCUAAACUCGUGGAAUUGGUGUUUAUAGGACACAAAUAUUACAAAGAAAAUUUAUUAGCUAUCGCACGUCUCAGAGGAAGCACUCUCAAACUUCUUGUAUUUGCAGAAAGUGAUAUUGUGUCUGACAGCGAAUCGUGGCACAAGACUGAGACCAUUACACAUGAAAUACAAGAGAUAAUGGGUAAACACUGGGCACCAUUAAGGAACACAGAGUUACCAACAGUAGUGUUGAAUCCUUUUGCCGGUGACAGCAGGGAGGUUAUUAUGCCGCUUAUCCUGCGCGACGAGAAAUAACUUCCAAGAAAAAAUGCCAAGAAAAUGUCAUCCAAGGACUAUCCAUUAACAGCCACGACCACUUAUGGAAGGAGAACAUUUUCAGAAGAAGAAGUAACAACGCUAACGGUUGAAAGAGAAGAAAAGAGAAAAAAUAAAACAAGAUGGAGGGCGAACGGGCAA